AUGUUCAAGGGACUGAGCAAGGGCUCCCAAGGAAAGGGGUCCCCCAAGGGCUCCCCAGCCAAGGGUGCCCCAGCCAAGGGCUCCCCGAAGAGCUCCCCCAGCAAGCACAGCCGUGCUGCCACCCAGGAGCUGGCCCUGCUCAUCUCCCGCAUGCAAGCCAAUGCUGACCAAGUGGAGAGGGACAUCCUGGAGACCCAGAAGAGGCUGCAGCAGGACCGACAGAACAGUGUGCACAGCCAGGCCCUGCAGCACCAGCCGGCGACGGGCCGCAGCUUAAAGGAGGCCGAGAUGCUGCUCAAGGACCUCUUCCUGGACGUGGACAAGGCCCGGCGCCUCAAGCACCCGCAGGCCGAGGAGAUCGAGAAGGACAUCAAGCAGCUGCAUGAGCGAGUGACGCAGGCCUGCUCGGAGUACCGCGCCCUGUACGAGAAGAUGGUGCUGCCGCCCGACGUGGAGCCCAGGGUGGACUGGGCGCGGGUGCUGGAGCAGAAGCAGAAGCAGGUGGGCGAGGGCCAGUACGGGCCGGGCAUGGUGGAGCUGGAGCAGCAGGUGGCAGAGCACAACAUCCUACAGAAGGAGAUCGAGGCCUACGGGCAGCAGCUGCGGUACCUCGUGGGGCCGGACACGGCUGCCAUCAGGAGCCAGUACCAGGACCUGCUGAAGGCGGCCUCGUGGCGCAGCCAGAGCCUGGGCAGCCUCUACACGCACCUGCAGGGCUGCACGCGGCAGCUGAGCGCGCUGGCAGAGCAGCAGCGCCGCAUCCUGCAGCAGGACUGGAGCGACCUCAUGGCCGACCCCAUGGGCGUGCGGCGGGAGUACGAGCAUUUCAAGCAACACGAGCUGCUGAGCCAGGAGCAGAGCGUGAACCAGCUGGAGGACGACGGCGAGCGGAUGCUGGAGCUGCGGCACCCGGCUGCUGGCCCCAUCCAGGCUCACCAGGAGGCCCUGAAGCUGGAGUGGCAGAACUUCCUGAACCUGUGCAUCUGCCAGGAGAGCCUGCUGCAGCACGUGGAGGCCUACUGCAGGUUCCAGGAAGAAGCCGGCUCGGUCAGCCAGACCCUGAUGAAGCUCAACUCCAGCCUGGACACCAAGUACAGCCCUGCCCCCGGGGCCCCACCUGGCGCCCGCACAGAGCUGCUACGGCAGCUGGAGGCCGAGGAGAAGCAGCUGGCAGUGGCCGAGAGGACCGUGAAGGACCUGCAGAGGCGCAGCAAGGACGUGGCCCCCCUGCCCCUGCGCAGGAACCCGCCCCAGCAGCCCCUGCAUGUGGACAGCAUCUGUGACUGGGACUCAGGAGAGGUGCAGCUGCUACGGGGAGAGCGGUACACUCUGCUGGACAACUCCGACCCGUACACCUGGGUGGUGCAGGGCCCCAGCGGGGAGACCAAGCACGCUCCAGCCGCCUGCUUCUGUGUCCCGGCGCCGGACCCUGACGCCGUGGCCAAGGCCUCCAAGUUGACCUCGGAGCUGCAGACCCUGAAGCAGAAACUGGCCACCGUCCAGAGCGGCUUACAGACCAGUGUGGCAGAGCCCAUCCAGCCGGGCCAGCAGGUUCCAACCGGCUCAGCCCCAGCCAACCCGCAGGCCCAGAAACUCCUGUCCCAACUGACCCGGCUGCACGGCGACCUGGCACAGGUAGAGAAGCAGGUGCUGGCCUGGGCACGCACCCCUCUAAGCCGCACCUUCCCCCUGGAGGACCUGCAGGGCCGGAUUCACAGCCAGGAGGGCAUGACCCACCGCCUGCAGAGCCUGGGAGCUGAGAAAGAGGUCGCUCAGCAGGAGUGUGAGGUGUUCUUGUCUACCGGGCCCGUGGGCCCCACUGCCCUGCAGCUGCCCGUGGCCCUCAACAAUGUCAAGAACAAGUACAGUGACGUGCAGGCUCUGAGCAACCUCUACGGGGACAAAGCCAAGGCCAGCCUGGGUCUGCUUCAACAGAUAAGAGACUCAGACAAGGUCAUCGGGGGCUUCGAGUCCACGCUGGCGCAGGAGACCCCCAUCUCCGAUGGCCCAGGGGCCCUGCAGGAGAGGGUCAGGGAGCUGCAGCACCAGCGGAGGGAGCUGCUGGAGCAGCAGGCCUGCGUGUUGGGGCUGCACCGCCAGCUGAAGGCCGCUGAGCAUGCCUGCGGGGCCAUGAAGAACAACUUCGGCGAGUUCUGCCAAGACCUGCCUCAGGAACAGCGCCAGGUCCGGGCCCUCACCGACCGCUACCACGCCGUCGGGGAUCAGCUGGACCUGCGGGAGAAGGCCGUGCAGGACAUCAGCCUCACCUAUCAGCAGUUCAAGAACUGCAGGGACAACCUGAGCUCCUGGCUACAGCACCUGCCCCGAAACCGUGUGAAGCCCAGCGACGGGCCCAGUCAGGUGGCCUACAAGCUGCAGGCGCAGAAGAGGCUGGUGCAGGACAUCCAGGACCGAGAACAAGACAGGGUCAGGGCGUCCCGCCUCUCCGAGGAUCUGCAGGCUGCUCUCCAAGACUACGAGCUGCACGCAGACGCCUAUCGCUGCUCCCUGGAGCCCAGCCUGGCAGUGCCUGCGCCCAAGAGACCUCGGGUGGCCCCCCUGCAGGAGAGCAUCCAGGAGCAGGAGAAGAGCCUGACCAAGGGCUAUAUCGAGGCUUCAGCUGCCAACCAGCACCAGCUGCACCAGCUGGAGUUCGCCCUAAAGAUGCUGGAAAAGAAGGAGCUCAGCGAGGACAUCAAGGUGACCCACGACAUGAAGCAGGGCUCCGAGAGCCCGGCCCAAGCGAGGCGAGAGUCAGAGGCGCUGACGUCUCAGCUGGAAGAGGAGCGGAAGCGGGUGGCCCAGGUCCAGCAGGAACUGGACAAACAGAGGGACCGCCUGCUGCAGCUGAAGACCCAGCGGCCCCUGGAGAGGCUGGAGGAGAAGGAGGUGGUGGAGUUCUACCGGGACCCCGAGCUCGAGGCCAGCCUGGCCCAGCUCAAGUCCCAGGUGGAGAGUGAGGGCCAGCGACGAGGCGGCCUGCAGGCAGACCUCGAGUCCACGGCCCAGCAGGUGGUCCAGCUGGAGAGCAAGAAGAAGGCCAUGCAGCCUCACCUGCUGACCAAGGAGGUCACCCAGAUCGAGCGGGACCCCAACUUAGACAGCCAGGCGGCCCAGCUCCGCAGCCAGAUCGCGCGGCUCCGGGAGGAGGACGCCGCGGUGGCUGCCCAGCUAGAGGGGCUGAAGGAGGAACUGCUGGCCCUGGAGCGGAAGGAGACAGCCGUGAAGGAGACAGUGGUGGUGAAGGAGGUGGUCAAAGUGGAGAAGGACCUGGAGAUGGUCAAGGCCACCCGGGACCUGCGGCUGCAGAUCGAGGCAGACACAGCUCAGAGGAGGAAGGCCGAGGAGGCCGGCGCCAAGCUCCGGGCCCGCAUCGAAGAGCUGGAGCGGGUGGUCAGCUCCGUGGAGCCCAAGGUCAUUGUGAAGGAGGUGAAGAAGGUGGAGCCCGCCCCGGGCCUCCUCCAGGAGGCCUCGAGGCUGAGGAGCCUGCUGGAGGAGGAGAGGCACAAGGGCCAGGCUCUGGCCCAGGAGCUGCAGGAGCUGCGCGGGAAGCGGGGCGAGCUGGAGCGGCAGAAGCCCAGGGUGGAGCUCCGGGAGCAGGUGCGGGAGGUCUUCCAGGUGGACCCAAGCACGGAGCAAGAGAUCGCGCGCCUGCGGACGCAGGUGCAGGAGACAGCGGGCCGGCGGAGCCGCGUGGAGGAGGAGGUGGCACGGCUGCUGACCGAGCUGGCCGUGCUGCGGGCCCAGAAGCCCCAGGUGGAGUACCAGGAGGUGACGCGGGAGGUGGUGCGGCACGAGAACACCCCGGAGGUGCUGCGGGAGCUGGACCGGCUGAAAGCCCAGCUCAACGAGCUGGUCAACGGCGGCGGCCGGGCCCAGGAGCAGGGCCGCACCUGGGCCCGGGAGGAGGCCGAGCUGCAGAAGGCGCGGGAGCAGGCGGGCCAGGAGCGAAGGCAGCUGCAGCAGGAGCUGCGAUUGCUGGAGCAGCAGAAGCAGGAGCGGGUGCAGCACCUGCAGGAGGAGUCCCAGCUGCUCAGCCAGAAGACAGAGAGCGCGCGGAAGCGGGCGGCCCAGCGGGACCAGGAGCUGUCGCAGCUCGAGGCGGCCAUCCUGCACGAGAAGGACCAGAUCUAUGAGAAGGAGCGGACCCUGCGGGCCCUCCACACCAAGGCCGGCCAAGAGGAGCUCAGCCAGGAGACACAGACGCGGGAGACCAACCUGUCCACCAAGAUCUGCAUCCUGGAGCCCGAGACGGGGAAGGACAUGUCCCCGUACGAGGCCUACAAGCAGGGCGUCAUUGACCGCAGCCAGUACCUCCAGCUGCAGGAGCUGGAGUGCGACUGGGAGGAGGUCACCACCACGGGGCCCUUCGGGGAGGAGUCGGUGCUGCGGGACCGUCAGAGCGGGAAGGAGUACUCCAUUGAGACCGCCCUGCGCUGCCGGCGCAUCGCCAAGGAGGAGUACCACCUGUACAAAGCCGGCCAGCUGCCCAUCUCCGAGUUCGCCCUGCUCGUGGCCGGCGAGAGCAAGCCCAGCUCUUCGCUCUCCAUCGGCUCCAUCAUCUCCAAGUCCCCGCUGGCCUCCCCCGGCCCCCACAGUGCCAGCUGCUGCCCGCCCAGCUUCACGCUAGGGCUGGGCGACGACAGCUUCCCCAUCGCCGGCAUCUACGACAUGACCACUGACAACAAGUGCAGCAUCAAGACGGCCGUGGCCAAGAACAUGCUGGACCCCAUCUCCGGACAGAAGCUGCUGGAGGCCCAGGCGGCCACCGGGGGCAUCGUGGACCUGCUGAGCCGGGAGCGGCACUCCGUGCACAAAGCCGUGGAGCGCGGGCUGAUCGAGAACACCUCCACCCAGAGGCUGCUCAACGCCCAGAAGGCCUUCACGGGCAUCGAAGACCCGGUCACCCGGAAGAGGCUGUCGGUGGGCGAGGCCGUGCAGAAGGGCUGGAUGCCCCUGGAGAGCGUGCUCCCCCACCUGCAGGUGCAGCACCUGACGGGCGGGCUCAUCGACCCCAAGCGCACGGGCCGCAUCCCCUUGGCCCAGGCUCUGCGCUCAGGGAUGAUCAACGAGGAGCUGGCCCAGCUUCUGCAGGACCAGUCCAGCUACGAGAAGGGUCUGGUCGACCCCCUCUCCAAGGAGCGGCUGAGCUACAAAGAGGCCAUGGCCCGCUGCUGCAGGGACCCCCUGAGUGGCCUGCUGCUGCUCCCCGCCGCCCUGGAGGGGUACCGCUGCUUCCGCUCCGCCUCCCCCACGAUGCCACGGAGCCUGCGCUGAGGGGCCCGGCUGCCAAGGGUGUGCUUGUGUGGGCACCUGUGUGAGGCCCAGGGUGGGGUCAUAUCCCACCCCACCCCCCAAAGUUGGAUCGUCGACCCCUGGGAGUGGGCCUUCACUGUCCUGACUGCUGCUUCACUGUCCAGCCAUUCCUGGUGUGGGGCUCCCUCCAUGAUUACACCCCCGAUCCACCCCGACCCCCGACGCCCCAUCUUCCCUCCU